CGUCCAAAUUUGAAUGCUCUCUUCUGCCCCGCGACAUGCCAUGGCACGGACAACCCGGGCUUGGAGAAGACCGUCAGUAACCUUGCAGCAAUGGCUCCGAAGUCUAAACCAUUGCCGAAAGUUUCAAGACGCCUCCCCCUCAUCCAUAGCUUGGCUAUACAUCCUUUCGCCCGGUCGGCUCAAAAUUCUGAGCAUCAGACACGUCUCUGAACCUGGCUUCUUCUCUACGUAGCUACUCCUCAUUUCGAAUCCGAAAAUAUGGGCGCCUACAAUUCUGACAACAGAAAGUCAUCAAUCUCCUCAGCAACGAGCAGGCUUCCGCACUUUUGGAGGGGACUUACACCCUUGAGCGCGCCCGACGGCUCCACGUCGUUGUACAACGUCGUUAUUCAGCGAUUUAAUCUUUCGAAUCAUGAACCAGCCGCUACUCCGACUAUGAGAUUGUUACUGGGGCAACUAGCCAGACGAAACCGGCAAUCCUUUUAUACCAUGAGAGCUGGGAAGCUGGAACUCUCUUUAUCUUUUACUACGUCUCCUUCUCUACUAGAGGAGCUGGCUACCAUGCGGGAAGCUCGUCAUAAUGAAGGCUCACGGAGCCGCACGGUUGUGAGUCCUACUCAGCGCCUCACCAUUGGCUUGCCGCUUCUGGAUAGAGCGACCGAGAUGUGGCACUGGGGCAUGAAUAGGGAUGUGAAUCCAGAGUCACAGAUGAUGGAGAGGGCAGCGCCAGUGUCCGGCUGGAAGCGCAGGAGCGAGGGCGGCGCGGGCGCGGCCCUGAGAAAUGGAGCGGAGGAGUGCGAGAAGCUCCCCGGCCGGGCCGUUGUAGUGGCAGGAGUAGAUGUCGCGUGCUUAGAAGUUUGAGCAGGUCAGAAGGCGGCAUUGCACUUUUGUUGCAUGUGCGACUCUCGGGACAGGUGAUGAUGACGCCAGACGGCGCCUGAACCGUGAAGGCUGCCAGGACCCGUCUCGGGAGACGAAGUUUCCUGGCAAUGGUCAUGGUCACGGCCUCGGUUGUGGCUGAAGCGAGAGGCAGGAGCAAAGGCUGGUAGAGCUGUCGCUGGGCCAUGAGAAACGCGGGCUGGCUCGG